AAACCAAACCUAUCAUCUUUUGUGUAAAGUAACCUUAAAAUUUAAAUUAUUUCUGUAAUGACGUAUUCAAAAUUCCUAGAAUUCCUCUCCAGUUUCAAUCUGAACACUUCAAAUCUCAGCAAAUCCUCUAUUUCCCCGAGCAGUUUUAGUGCAAAAUACAUACAUACAAAUCUUCAAAUUUGCAGGAAAAUAUUCUCUUCACGAUUGAUAACCAAGAAUGCAGAAAGAUUACACAUAUACAGAGAUCCUUUUAGCCUCUUCCAUUGGAUUAGUACUCGCUGCAGCGAUGCAUUAUCGGCUAAAGAAAAUAAGGGAUCAAAGAAUCGUACCUCGGAUAAAAGUUUCAGAUAAUGGCCAGGUUGUGAAACUUGAACGGUUCUCCCAUUAUGUAGCCAGACAAAUGGGAUUCGGUGAUAGAAGAGAAUGUCCAAACCUGUGCAAAUUAGCUUUUGAUUAUAUUAGAAAAGCUGAUGGAUGUGAAGAAGACAUAUAUGCUUUCUUUGCUGGUGAUCCGGACGCUGAUUCUCUCUUUAUAAAGUUGGUAGAAGAGUUAGAGAGAUGUAUUCUUAGUUACUUUGCAUUCCAUUGGAAACAUGCUUCUCAUAUGAUCAGUCAGGUGCUGAGUGCUGAAUCUGAGCCCAAAAAGAAGCUUAAGCACAUUGUAAUGGCAGCAACUAGAGAGCAGAGAUUUGAAAGGGUGACAAAGAAUCUGAAGGUGGCAAGAGUUUUUACAACCUUAGUAGAGGAGAUGAAAGCUAUUGGACUUGUAUCUCUUGACGAUUCACAGUGCACAGAUGUUAUGGUUCCCAUGGCUCAUAAAGACAGAAGCCCUGUUCUCCUCUUCAUGGGUGGUGGGAUGGGGGCUGGCAAGAGUACUGUGCUUAAAGACAUUCUCAAAGAACCAUUCUGGGCAGGAGCAUCUGGAAAUGCAGUGGUGAUAGAAGCAGAUGCAUUCAAAGAGUCAGACGUAAUUUAUAAAGCCCUUUGCUCCAGGGGGCAUCAUGACAUGCUUCAAACUGCUGAACUGGUGCACCAAUCAUCUACAGAUGCAGCAUCAUCCCUCCUUGUAACAGCACUCAAUGAAGGGCGAGAUGUGAUCAUGGAUGGCACACUCUCAUGGGUGCCAUUUGUCGUGCAGACAAUAACCAUGGCCAGGAAUGUUCACCGCCGCAGGUACCGCAUGGGAGAUGGUUACAAAGUGGAUGAAGAUGGAACUAUUACUGAAAAGUACUGGGAACAAAUUGAUGAAGAACAAGAACAGGAUGGAACUAAAAAGAGAAGGCCGUACAGAAUAGAGUUGGUUGGGGUUGUUUGUGAUGCUUAUUUGGCAGUUAUCAGAGGAAUAAGGAGAGCUAUCAUGUGUAGAAGAGCAGUGAGGGUGAAUUCACAGCUGAAAUCGCACAAGAGAUUUGCAGAUGCAUUUACAACAUACUGCCAAUUAGUAGACAAUGCUAGACUCUACUCUACCAAUGCAUUAGAAGGCCCACCUAAGUUAAUAGGAUGGAAAGACAAAGACAAGACUUUGUUGGUUGACCCAGAUGAGAUAAGCUGUUUGAAAAAGGUAGGCAGGUUGAAUGACGCAGCAGAUUCCAUAUUUGAACUCUAUAAACGACCAAAUCCUGCUUUUGAAGCAGGCUCGGUAUGGAAAGACAUAGUUCUGUCGCCUUCAAGGCUGAACAUCCAGAAAGAGCUGAAGUAUUGCAUUCAGAAAGUUGAAAGAUUGAGAGAGUGAUUUGAGAUCAUGACAAUUGCAAUUUCACAUUUCUUCUCGUUUCACAUUAUGCAUGUACAAGAGAGUGUGGAUCUGUAGGAAUUAAAACACGGAAGGGUUUUCUACUGAGAGAUCAAUUAUUUGAGUUUUACUAAACUCUGACUUCACUUUUUGACAUGAAAAAGUUGGGAAGGUAUAAUUU